AUGCUUGUUCAGUCCUUGAUCUCUGCGACUUUGGUCGCUACUGGUCUUCUCGUCGAGAGCGCGCUGGCUGCAGGACACCGCGUUCCUAUCUCAGCUAAAGCUCAGCGACGAUAUGAUGAUCACUACAGCGCAAUGCUCGGAAAGCGGACAAGCCCUUCUAAGAACUCCACCAAGGAUUUCCGUUACUUGACGCCGAAGACGAAGCCCUACCAAGUCAAAAGUCUGCCCGAGGUCAACUUUGAUAUUGGUGAAAUGUACUCGGGUCUCGUGCCCAUUGAAUCCAACGAUACCUCUCGUCAACUGUUCUUCAUUUUCCAGCCCACAGUCGGCGAACCCGUCGACGAAAUUACUAUCUGGUUGAAUGGCGGUCCAGGCUGCAGUUCCAUGGAAGGCUUCAUCCAGGAAAAUGGUCGUUUCGUUUGGCAACCGGGUACCUAUCUGCCUGUCGAGAACCCCUACAGCUGGGUCAAUUUGACCAAUAUGCUCUGGGUCGACCAGCCCGUCGGCACUGGAUUCUCUAUCGGCACGCCUACCGCUACCUCCGAGGAGGAGAUUGCGCAAGACUUUAUCAAGUUCUUCAAGAACUUCCAGAAGCUGUUCGGAAUCAAAAAGUACAAGAUUUACGUCACCGGUGAGAGUUAUGCCGGCCGUUACGUGCCUUAUAUCUCCGAUGCAAUGAUCAACGCAAACGAUGCCGAUUACUACAACGUGAGCGGUGCUCUCCUGUACGACCCCGUCAUUGGCGCAUUCGACACCGUCCAGUCGCAAGUACCAGCCUAUCCCUUGAUCGUUCAGAACAACAACAUGCUCAACUUCGACUCCAAGAUAUUGGCCGAGCUUAAGGAAAUCCACACCUCUUGCGGCUUCGACAAGUAUAUUGAGAAAUACCUGACCUUCCCAGCAUCCGGCGUCCAGCCACCCAUGAAGUACGACGAGAAUUGUGAUAUCUUUGACCUCGCAAUUCAAUACGCCUUGGCCAUCAACCCAUGCUGGAAUAUUUACGAAAUCAACGCCGUCUGCCCUCUUCAGUGGGAUAUUCUCGGUUUCCCGACUGUGUUGGAUUACUUGCCUGCAGGCGCAGAAAUCUACUUCCAGCGCAAGGAUGUUGUCAAGGCUCUGCACGCCCCGACAAACAUCACCUGGAACGAAUGCUCCCUCAAAUCCGUGUUCGUCGGCAGUAACGGCCCAGAGUCCGAGGGCGAUACUUCCCUGGACCCCAUCCAGUCCGUCCUCCCCAAGGUCAUUGAACACACCAACCGCGUCCUCAUCAGUAACGGAGACUAUGACUUCGUUAUCAUGACCAAUGGUACUCUCCUGUCGAUUCAGAACAUGACCUGGAACGGCCAUCUUGGAUUCACCAAGCAGCCUAGCACACCCAUCAACAUCACCUUGGUAGACUUGCAGUAUCAAGAUGUCUUUGCAGCGAAUGGCCUGGCUGGCGUCGAUGGUCCACAGGGCAUUAUGGGUAUUCAGCAUUAUGAGCGUGGCUUGAUGUUUGCCCAGACUUACAUGUCUGGCCACAUGCAGCCAGAGUACCAGCCGAGGUCGGCCUAUCGCCAUUUGGAGUGGGUGUUGGGACGCAUUGAUGCGCUCUAA